AUGUCCACAUUAAAAAAGUUUUCUAUUAAAGGAGCGACAACAAGAAUAAGGGAUGGAGUUGGAUUAUAUUUUGGUUUAAACGAAGAACAAAUACAACAACAACAACAACAACAACAACAACAACAACAGCAAAAUAGUGAUAAUAAUCAAGCCGACAAUAACAAUAGUAGUAAUAGUAAUAAUAAUAAUAGUUAUUAUGAAGAAGAUGAACCAUAUUGGAUGAAAGAUGAUUUUUGGGAGAAAGCACCAAGAUAUAAUAGAGGUAAUGAUAUUGAGAUGGAUAGAUAUGAAUCACCACCAGUUUAUUCACCGCCACAAAAUAAUCAAAACAAAGGCAAUGGAGCAACAUUAAAUUCAACAGAUUAUUAUCCAAGUGAUGUGGUAACACCAUCAGGAGAAACAGUAGCAAGUGGUGGUGGUGGUGGUGGUGGUGGUAAUCCAUAUUUGGUAGGUGGCGAUGAUAUGAAUGAUAAAAUGAUGAUGGGUGGUGAAGGAGAUGAUGAUGAUGAUGGAGCAACUCGUAGAGGUAGAGGUAGAGGUAGGGGUAGAGGCAGAGGCAGACCAGGACCAAAUAAUCAAGGAGGCGGUGGUGGUGGAGGUCGUACAGAUGGCAAGAAACCAUUCCGUCCAUCAACAUUAGGACGUGGUGUUUCAUCAUUAUCAUUGAAAGAAGAUCACAGAGAUAUGGAACCACCAAAACAAUUUGUACCAUAUUUUAUCAUAGCGAUCAGUUUAAUUGAUUUGGUAAUGUUUAUUUGGGAAAUUAUAUACAAUGGCGGAUUUGAGCCAUGGAAAACCAAUCCAUGGUUUGGACCAAACUCUUACACUCUAUUGGAUGUGGGCGCAAAAUAUUCACCAUUGAUUUUGAAUGGUGAAUGGUGGAGAUUCUUUACUCCAAUCUUUUUACAUGUUGGUAUUUUCCAUUAUCUAAUGAACAUGGUCACUCAAUUACGUGUUGGUAUGCAAUUGGAGAGAGCAUAUGGUGGUCAUCGUAUCGUGCCAAUUUACUUACUUUGUGGUGUCGCUGGUAACUUGUGUAGUGCUAUCAUGUUACCAAAUUCAGUUCAAGUAGGUGCUUCUGGUGCUAUCUUUGGAUUUUUAGGUGUACUUUUAACAGAUUUAAUCAGAAAUUGGAGUGUUUUAGCUAAACCUUGGUUAAAUUUUGGUUCACUAUUAUUUAGUAUUAUAACUUCUUUUGCUGUUGGUUUAUUUUUACCAGGUGUUGAUAAUUUUGCGCAUUUAGGUGGUUUUAUUGCAGGUAUUUUAACAGCAGCAAUUUUCUUGCCAUCAUUAACACCAAAGAGAGCAAUUGGAAAACGUUUACUUUUACUUAUGAUUGUAAUUCCAUUGACUGUAGCAUUAUUUGUAGCAUUAUUUGUUGUAUUUUAUAAAAAUAUAGAUGCAGAUGAAUGGUGUUUUGGUUGUAAAUAUAUAACAUGUCUUCAAGUAUUAAGUUGGUGUAAGACUUAA